AUGGCGUCACAGGCAGAGGACUUUAAUGUCCUGUCCGACUACAUCCUUUCCAAGAUCGAUAUCCACGUAUCCGGAGCCUGUGGUCCUGGCCGCACGCAGCCGAUCGAGUGCUACUAUCCGGUCCAUCGAGCAUACAGUGAGAACAUCUCCAAAAAGCAUGCGUCCAUCGAUGAUCGUUUGAAGGACUUCAUACCAGGGGGUGUGCCACGCCCGGUGGAGAGCUUGGCUGCUCGAGAAGGUUAUGGUCUAGUGUACGACCGCGAUAUCGUCACAACUUGGCGCCUGCCAGCCAUAUUGUCUGCGUAUGAGAUCUUCUUCUGGGAGAAAGAGUUUGAAAGAGCGCUUGGCCGCAACACCAUGCUCGUCGUUUUGGAAGCGUUCUACGAGGCCAACCCGGCACUCACGGGUAACUGUAACGCCUUUGAACUUAUGCAAAGAUUCCGGGGCUUUGUGGAGGGGCUUGGUACGCGCAUGCUAUCCGUAACCGUCUCAAGCAUUGUCAUCGAUAUGAUUGCGAGCUUCCAGCGCAUGAAGGAUGGACUCGACACUGAACCAUUUGCUUGGGAAAAGCGGAACAUUGUUCGCACCCUCCACGAGUUUGUUCUCACACGUGAGUGCUGGCAGUAUGCGCGAAAUCAAGAGCCGGCCCUGGAGGUUACUUUUGGAGUGACUGGUGGACGUCGUAAAAGCAACCGCCGCCAAGUAUCUGAGGAGAUCAUACUGCAGUUCGACUACAGCUGGAAUCCUCCAACGAUUGGAUUUGAAAACCUCCAGAACGUCGUCUACGAAAGUACAUACUUCGUACUCAAGCCGUCAAUAAGCAUGUCACGUCCAUUCUCGGAGCUGCAGCACCUCACAAUCGAGCACUACAUCGGGCCUACAAGAAGUUGGCUGCAAUAG